GUAGACGCUGCCUGUAUCAAUCAGCAAGAUAAAGACGAGAGGGGACGGCAGGUUCAGCUCAUGGCCAAGAUUUAUGCCAGCGCCAAUCGUGUCAUUUUCUGGCUCGAAGAGGUGGUACGUGAUAGCGAUCAGGCGCUCGGAGCACUAGGCGAGGCUGCCGAAGAGCAGCACACGCGUUCCGUCGCAGAUAAACCGAAUCAACAAUGCCAGCAAGUAAUCAAAUACUAUCAUGGGUAA